GAUCGCGUGUCAACGACCCCCAAACAAACACGCGCCAGCACACGGCAUUCUCCUACAUCCCCAAUGCCACCCAAAAUGGCACGAAAGUCAGCACCAGGCAGCGCACAAAAGGGUCGCAAAACAGUCGCGACAGCUGCCGCAGAUGACUCACCAAUACAAGCGCGCAAAAUCGCGAAAGGGAAGCAACCCGCAAAGACAGCAGCCGAUGUCCAACCGGGCGACCCAACCCCUACAGGGCGCCGCCGCCGCUACAAACCAGGCACAAAAGCCCUAAAAGAAAUCCGCCAAUACCAACGCGGCUACGAGCUGCUCAUCGCGAAACUACCCUUUGCCCGCUUAGUCCGUGAAGUGGCGCUCGAUCUUCUCCCCGCCGACGUCGGUGCCGAAUUGCGCUGGCAGUCGCAUGCUAUUCAAGCACUGCAGGAGGCUGCCGAGGCUUUCCUUGUUCAUCUAUUUGAGGAUACGAAUCUUUGCGCAUUGCAUGCUAAGCGGGUUACUAUUAUGCAGAAAGAUAUUCAGCUUGCGAGGAGAAUUCGGGGUGUGUGGGGUGGUUUAGGGUGAUUUUUUGUUUUCGUUUCAUUUGAUUUCAUUGGAUGGUGCGUUGUUAAAUGCGAGGAUUUAUUAAUUCGGUGGGUUAUUUGUGGACUUUUUAACCUCUUUUCUUUCUUUCGUGUGAUUGAUUGAGGUGGGUUCAGCUGGCGUAUUGAGGGCAUGGAGUUUAAUGCGGUGGUGUUUUCUGAUAUUUUCAAUACUGCUGGCUCUCGAGCUUUCGAGCUUUCGUUCACGUGCAGUUGCGCUUGCAUUGCAUUUGCAUUUGCGUUGUCGCUGUGCGCUGGGGUAUACCAAG